AGAUUGGUAACAGUGGAUGAUGUACACUGCUAAACAGACUCAUGUCAGUAACUGUAUUGCAUGCUCACAGGUCGACCACAGUUAGGGACUGCUCCUUUCAAACGGAACAGUGAGAAUGACAGUGCAGGACUGCAAUGUGUUAGAAAUCUAUAUAAUGAAAGUACUAAACCAUCCACAGAACAAUGCAAAUCACUGAAUUUGUUGUUUCCCCCAGUUAGGCCUGCCUUACCUCCCGCAGCUUCGGCCCUUGCAGGAGAUUACACGUGUUUCUCACGAACAGGCAAGAAAACCAGCAGAGUGGACCUUUGGUGGCUGUAAAAUCAGACCAAAACUGCCCCCUCAGUGGCAAGGUAGCUGUGCCUUAGUGCAGUUAUUGAUUCCAUUGCAACUGUUUCCCACAGGGGGUUUUGUCUGGGAAUAUCCAGAAACAACACCACCUCCAGUCCUGGUACAGGACCAGGAGGCAAACUUCUCCCGGAGGCACAUUCGAUAAUAGGGUGUACGUAGACGCAAUUGGAGUCCCCAGAGGGGUACCUGACAAAUUCAAGGCACAAAAUCAUUCAUCAUCAUCAUUCCUAUUCUGAUGGGCAAAAAUGUAGAUUGGAUUAAUAACCUGUUUUAUAAUCAGUGCUUUAUUAAUUAUACCAGAGAUGGUCUUAAAGGUGUAGCUAAACAAUUGGACAAAACAAGCCUGAUGGCUUGGCAGAACAGGAUGGCUUUAUACAUGUUGUUGACUGAAAAAGGAGGCGUACGCAAAAUGCUUGGAGAUAUGUGCUGUAUUUUUUAUUCCUAAUAACACAGCUCUUGAUGGCAUUGUCACCUGAGCCAUACAGGGCCUCACAGCCCUAUCAAACAAAUGAAUGAUGGAGAGCUGGUUUGGCCGCUGGAGUGGUCUGAUCUCAUCUCUCCUGGUCUCAGUGGCGGUUGCAAUAGCUCUCCUAGUUAUCUGCAGCUGCUAGUGCAUUCUAUGCAUCAGGAGACUCCUGCAAAAACUGAUUGACACUGCACUAACUAAGACAUUGCUUUACCAACAGCUCUCGUCCUACUGAUAAAAAAAUGAAUAUACAGACGAAGAAAGUCCAGUUUAAAGUAUAGCGCCUUGUAGAAUGUCUAUUUGUGAUUAAUGAAGCAUGCUAUGAAAAUCUGACGAAGGGUAGACUGUGGGAAAAGUAAAAAGUAAGCAUAAAGGAGGGAAAUGCUAGAAAAAAUGUUAUUAUCCUUUAUGCUUUCAGUAUUCAGUAUUUUUCCAUUUUGAGAUGACCCUGCGGAGGCAUACAAAGAAGCAGCUGAUGUCUGCUUAGUUUUAGGGAAGUUGCAACAUUGGUGUAUUAACGGUUGUAACUGUUAUUGCUUAAUGUUCUAUAACCAUACAUGGUUUAAAAAUGCCCAAGAUUGAAACUAUGUGAUAGACAGGCUAUGGGUGUCGCUCCCGUCUGUAGGGCGUGACUGCUUUCUAGAUACAGUAUACGCUGUGUUGAACCCUUGAACCUUUGAACAUUUACUGAACCACAGAGUCUGUAAGCUGUUCCCUUGCUGCAAGUUACUAUGAAAUGAUCUAUCUUAAAAGUCUGACGGCAUCCUGAGGGUUAUGGAAUAAUUCUCUUAACAGUUUUACUGCUUGUGAACAACUCAUGGUCCAAUACAUUCACUGACUUUUCCUUGACAAUGCAUUUUUGCCAAUAUGCCAUCAUAAUCACUUUUAUUAUCAAGGCAUACAUGAGGAAUUUGACUCUGUAUGUUUAUAUGCAGUAUAAACAACAAUAGCAUUUGAUAAGACAGGUUAAAUAUCAGGCAAAAAUGCAAUGGUGCAGUGUGUAAAGAAUGCUGAAAUAAUAUUUUCUGUAGCGCCUCCCAGAGGAGUGAAGUUGUAACAGGUUGUGUCAGGGGUGCAGUGAUGUUUCUUGCCCGUUUCCUAACUCUGGACAUGUAUAAUGAAAUCGAAUGCAACUUUUAUCCACAAGGGCCCCCUAGAAACAAAAAAGUUUUUUUGUUGUAUAUUUAAGCUAUAAGCAUUGUUGAUGAGUAGUGAUCUACAUAUAUUUAAAUUAGUAGUAACUACAUUUUGCAGUAUUGCUGGUAGUUCAACUGCAUUCAUAUAUUAAUUCAAGCUACUUGUUGCCAUUUUUGUGUAGUCAAACACUGACUACAACUGCAAAUAAUUGGACAAGAAAUGAAAGACAAAAUUAAAGACAUUUAAAGACAAAAAAGUUUUAUUUGUUUUUUGUUUUUUUUCAUUGCUUCUUUAUGGUAAUUAACCCCCGUUAACCAGCUCUGCCCUCUUUCUUUCAUGCUGUGAAGGCUUGUUCAGGAAAUGCUUGUCAGGCAGCCACCAUGGAAAUGUUCAGAGAUGUUGUUGUAUGUUACUUUAGAUGUUACUAAGCUACUGUAUGUAAGAAAUCCUGCUUGGUAGAAUACCUUCACCUGAACUCUAUUGUCUGGAAGACAGGUGCCUGACUGAUGGAUGAAACCUUGCACUCUUGCACUUUCCCCUGAUUUUUUUACGACCUGUGAAAUGGUUGAAGAGAUCAAAAUAAGCCAGGGACAGAACAGAUAAGAAAAUGGUAGUGCUGUUUGUGCCAACAAAGGAUUUACCAUGACAAUCCAAUAAAGACAACAAGCAUUAGCCAAUCAGAGGCAGAUUAGUGCAGGUCAUGACUUUGCUCGCCUGCAUGGAUUAUCUUUGCAACGGACAGGUGAAUAAAUCUUUUGUGUGUAUAGAACUCUUUGACUUCAACUCAUGAAAGAUGGGAACAAAACAUGAGUGUCUGUUGUGUUUUUCUUUGAGUGAACUUUAUUCCAGACAAUAUUUUUGUUCUUAAUUCAUCUGCUUAAUUCAAUUUCACAGCCAGUGCAACAGUUACUGUCAUCAGUUAUCUAAACAGGUUGUAACCGACUGUAAAAUCCCAUUGUGCAGUUUGUUUGACCUUAUAGGAGUUAUACAUCUUUUGAAUCCCACCUGUCUUUUGACAAUGGCUAAAGGUAUACACAGGUAUGUAUCUCGAGUAACUAAACAUGAUACAUACAAUGGACAGGUCUCUUUUACAGGGCACGUGACGUGUCUCUUAUUACAAUCAGUAGCUUACAAGCUACAGAGAUAUAUAGCUGUUUCAGGAGCAACAUAACUAGGAUUGGGACUGUUAUUAUGACUUACCAAGAAUUGGCUCAUGUUGUAAAAGAACAGGUUUGACUGCUCUCGAAGAUUCACUCUGUGAAAUCCGAGCCAAGAAAUACAGAUUCUUGGAGAGAGUAAACUAAGAAAAGUCCUCAGGGGCCUUGUGUUAACAUGUACAAUGUCAGCACAAUGGUUGCAGGUGUGUGUGUGCGUGCGACAAUAAGGAGGCUGGAAAAAACCUCACGUGCAACCUAUUAAGCAUACGUGCAACACGUGUUGCCUUUUCAGGGGGAGGAGAGGCCAAAGUAAACAGACAACUUUCACCAAUCACUCAGCAGCCUACUAGCUGCCAAAUAUGCAUAACCACCGUGACUUGCAAGUCCUACUGAUCGUUGACAAAAUAAAUGAGCAUACAAAGAAUUGCAAUUAGCAUGACGAAACUUAAGCGCAUGACUAACAUUGUAUACUUCAUAUUUUAUUAUUCCACUGAUAAUCUCUAUCUUUUGUUGGUUAUAUAAACCACCGGAAGACGCAAACACACCCUUUUCUUUCUUUAGAAUUUGAACACACGCUCACUCCCACAGUCACUCAUAUGAGGGUACCUUUUUAAACCGGUUAUCACUUGCACCGGCUUGCAGAACAGAGACAAGGAAAUGAGCAGUGGACUGUGGUUUCCUACGCUAGGGCUGGUGGCCUGGCUGUGCUGCCUCAGUCUGGAGCCCGUUCAGGGGGGAAAAAUUCUGGUUUUGCCUGUGGAUGGGAGCCACUGGCUUAGCAUGAAGAUACUGGUGAAGGAGCUCAGCCGCAGGGGCCAUGAGAUCUUGGUGGUGGUACCGGAAUGCAGCCUGUUGAUGAAGGGCUCAGACAGCUACAAGACUGAGAUCUACAAAGUGCCCUAUACCAAAGAUGACCUGGAUAAAUCUAUGAACACGCUGAAGGAUGGCGUGUUCCUCAAGCCACCAUCUAUCACAGAUCUAUUUACCAAUAUAGAACGGUUAAUUAAUUUUACUUCAAUGCAGGUGAAAGGUUGUGAGAGUUUGCUGAACAACCAUCCUCUAAUGACUCAACUGAGGGAAGAGGGCUUCGAUCUCAUGCUUACAGACCCCUUCCUUCCCUGUGGCUCUGUCCUGGCUCAUAUGUUUUCCCUUCCAGCUGUUUAUUUCCUGCAUGGACUUCCAUGUGAGCUGGAAAGAAGGGCUAACCAGUGUCCAGCUCCCCCUUCCUACGUUCCUGUGGCCUUCUCUGGUAAUGCAAAUAUAAUGACCUUCCCACAGAGAGUUAAAAACAUGGUCCUGUCUAUUGUGGAGUCCUACAUGUGCAAAGUAAUCUAUUCCCAUUUUGAUGACCUGGUCAGUAGAUAUUUAGGAGACAACAUGACUUACAAGGACCUUCUUGGUCAUGCUGAUUUUUGGCUUCUCCGAUAUGACUUUGUUGUUGAAUGGCCAAAGCCUGUCUUACCAAACACGGCAUUUAUUGGAGGUAUCAACUGUGAAAAUGCAUCUCCUCUACCAGAGGAUUUGGAGGAGUUUGUGGAUGACUCAGGAGAUGACGGCUUUGUUAUCUUCACUCUGGGUUCAAUGGUGUCUGACAUGCCUGCGGAGAAAGCUAAAGAGUUCUUUGAUGCCUUUGGACAAAUUCCUCAAAGGGUUGUGUGGAGAUACACUGGAGUCCCACCUGUAGAUGUACCCAAGAAUGUCAAACUUAUGAAAUGGUUACCUCAGAAUGACCUCCUAGCCCAUCCCAAAGCUAAAGUCUUCAUCACUCAUGGAGGAAUCCACGGCGUCUAUGAGGGUAUCUGUAAUGCUGUACCCAUGUUGAUGUUCCCACUGUUUGGGGACCAGGGGGACAAUGUACACCGCAUGGUAGCCCGCGGUGUUGCAGAAAAACUCAAUAUGUAUGAUGUGACGGCUGAAAAAGUGGUGACUGCUCUGAAUAAAAUCAUCCAUGACAAAAGUUACAAAGAGAAGAUAGUAAAGAUGUCUGCCAUACACCUGGACCGCCAAGUUGAUCCUUUGGACCUGGCUGUUUUCUGGACUGAGUACGUCAUGAGACACCAAGGAGCCAAACACCUAAGGGUCGCCGCACAUGAAUUAAACUGGAUCCAGUACCAUUGCCUGGAUGUCAUUGGCUUUUUAGUCAUCAUUCUUCUGACUGUUCUGUUCGUAACUUUCAAAUGCUGCUUGUUCUGCACUCGCAAGUGUUUCAAAAAGGGGACUGCGAAGAAAAAGAAAGAGUAAUGUUUCUAAUGCAGCAGUCAUUAGCUUUUCUAAUUCUAUAAAAGAGUAAAUAAUGGAAGUUGAAACACUCCAAUCAUAUAAAACGGAUGCACUGCAUACAUACACACACACACACACACACACACAUAUAUAUAUAUAUAUGUUUGUGAGUGCGCAUCUGUGAGUACGAGUAAUGUGUCUAUAUGUACAAAAUGUGUGUGACGUAAAAUCUCAUCGUUCGCCAUUAUUACAUUGUCUUUAACACAUGUAAAAGUGAUUGAUUAA